AAAUAGGAAUAGAAUACUUACCAGAUUAACUUUAACGUUUCGUUUGGUUAACGUAUCCACACAAUGAAUUUCAUUUUGUUAUUUAAAUAUAAUUAAGGCGAUUUAUAUAAAAAAAUUAUUGUCGCAGAACAUAAGCGAGAUGAAAGGAAAUAAUUAUUUUCUUUAUUGCUCAGUAAUAUCAGUUAACUUGUUAUCAUUUACUGCAAAUGCUGGAUUUCCUUGGACUUCGCCGUUUCUUCCUAAGCUAAAUGGGCACGUAGAUCCUGAUAAAAACCCUAUACCAUAUGGAAUCUCAGUUCUAGAAGAAUCGUGGAUAACGACUAUGUUGAACGUUGGUGCUUUGUGUGGGCCACUAUGUACCGGCCAAAUCUCUAGAAAAAUUGGAAAGAAAAUGACGCUCUUGUUAUUCUCCAUACCAGUUUUUAUUUCGAAUAUAAUUUUAAUUUUUGCAAAUACUGUUUGGCAUUUCUACACAUCAAGAUUUCUUUUAGGAGUAGGUGUAGGUUGUGUUUAUUGUAUUAUACCAGCGUAUGUUGCUGAGAUAUCGGAUGUACCUAAUAGAGGAAAAAUGGGUUUGUGCAUGUCUGUUAUGAAUCUCAUAAGUCAUAUGUGUGUUGUAUGUAUCGGGCCUUACGUAACCGUCAGAACAUUUGCUUGCAUGAGUUUAGUUCCCUUAAUCUUAUUCAUUAUGAUUUUCAUCACUUUCAUACCUGAGAGUCCUUAUUACUUAGUUUCCCGAAAUAGAAUGUUGGAAGCUGAAAAUUCUUUGAAAAAGUUUAGACAAACGUCAAACGUAAAACUUGACUUAAUCGAAAUAAGUAAUAGUGUAAAAGAAACUAAAAUAGAGGGUUCUUUAUACGAUAUUUUCAAGACAAAAGUAGUCCUGAAAGGUCUACUUCUCACUGUUGGUUUAAUGUUAAGUCAACAGUUAUGCGGCGCUCAGCCAUUAAAAGCUUACCAACAAGAAAUAUUCCAAUCUACCGGUAGUAAUAUACCCAGUGAAAUUUUAGUAAUGAUAGUUGGAAUUUUCCAAUUCAUCCCGAAUAUUCUAAUCGUUUUUAUUGUAGAUAAAGUGGGUAGAAAAAUACUUUUAUUAUUGUCUUAUUUUGGAUUACUUAUUUCUUUAGUAACAAUUGGAAUCUUUUUUUAUUUUCAAGAGCAAAACUUCGAUGUUGAUAGUAUACUUUGGGUUCCAGUAGCAAGCUCUUGCUUAUUUAUGGCUUCUAUGAAACUCGGUGCUGGUCCAGUGGCAUGGUCUUAUGUGGGUGAAGUUUUCCCAUCAAAUUUACAGAUUUAUAUGAGUUCUAUUGUUACUUUUGCUAUGUAUUUUUUUGGUAUAAUUGUUACUUUUAUAUUUCCCAUCAUGUUCAAUUUCAUAGGAAUGGCAUGGACUUUCUGGAUUUUUGCAAUUUGCACUUCAGCGUCUAUAGUAUUCAUUAUAUUCAAGGUACCUGAAAUAAAAGGAAAAUCGUUUGUUGAUAUUCAAAUGCUACUCAAAAAAUGAAGCAAAAAUUGAUUAUUUAUUCCAUUAUUUAUACUCCAGUAGGGAAAUACCAGUGGGGAUAAAACCAUAAUGUAUAAUAUGAAUAUAUAUGAUAAUAAUAAAUAUAUAUGAAUUGAGUAUUAGAGACUGAGAAUUAGCAAUAAAUAAUUUAUGGUUUUAGAAUCGACCAAUUAAAAUAUGUGUAAUGUAUUUAUUUUUUUUUUUUCGUCUUCUUGAAUAUGUUAAUAAAACUAAUAAUAUUCAA